AUGCUCGCCUCUACUCUGCCCUCAUGCUCGCCUCUACUCUGCCCUCAUGCUCGCCUCUACUCUGCCCUCAUGCUUGCCUGUACUCUGCCCUCAUGCUCGCCUCUACUCUGCCCUCAUGCUCGCCUCUACUCUGCCCUCAUGCUCGACUGUACUCUGCCCUCAUGCUCGCCUCUGCUCUGCCCUCAUGUUCGCCUCUACUCUGCCCUCAUGCUCGCCUCUACUCUGCCCUCAUGCUCGCCUCUACUCUGCCCUCAUGCUCGUCUCUACUCUGCCCUCAUGCUCGCCUCUACUCUGCCCUCAUGCUCGCCUCUACUCUGCCCUCAUGCUCGCCUCUACUCUGCCCUCAUGCUCGCCUCUACUCUGCCCUCAUGCUCGCCUGUAUUAUUUUCUCAUGCUCGCCUCUACUCUGCCCUCAUGCUCGCCUCUACUCUGCCCUCAUGUUCGUCUCUACUCUGCCCUCAUGCUCGCCUCUACUCUGCCCUCAUGCUCGCCUCUACUCUGCCCUCAUGCUCGCCUCUACUCUGCCCCCAUGCUCGCCUCUACUCUGCCCUCAUUCUCGCCUCUACUCUGCUCUCAUGCUCGCCUCUACUCUGCCCUUAUGCUCGCCUCUACUCUGCCCUCAUGCUCGCCUCUACUCUGCCCUCAUGCUCGCCUCUACUCUGCCCUCAUGCUCGCCUCUACUCUGCCCUCAUGCUCGCCUCUACUCUGCCCUCAUGCUCGCCUCUACUCUGCCCUCAUGCUUGCUUCUACUCUGCCCUCAUGCUCGCCUCUACUCUGCCCUCAUGCUCGCCUCUACUCUGCCCUCGUGCUUGCCUGUACUCUUUUCUCAUGCUCGCCUCUACUCUGCCCCCAUGCUCGCCUCUACUCUGCCCUCAUGCUCGCUUCUACUCUGCCCUCAUGCUCGCCUCUACUCUGCCCUCAUGCUCGCUUGUACUCUGCCCUCAUGCUCGCCUGUACUCUGCCCUCAUGCUCGCCUCUACUCUGCCCUCAUGCUCGCCUCUACUCUGCCCUCAUGUUCGCCUCUACUCUGCCCUCAUGCUCGCCUCUACUCUGCCGUCAUGCUCGCCUCUACUCUGCCCUCAUGCUCGCCUCUACUCUUCCCUCAUGCUCGUCUCUACUCUGCCCUCAUGCUCGCCUCUACUCUGCCCUCAUGCUCGCCUCUACUCUGCCCUCAUGCUCGCCUCUACUCUGCCCUCAUGCUCGCCUCUACUCUGCCCUCAUGCUCGCCUCUACUCUGCCCUCAUGCUCGCCUCUACUCUGCCCUCAUGCUCGUCUCUACUCUGCCCUCAUGCUCGCCUCUACUCUGCUGUCAUGCUCGCCUCUACUCUGCCCUCAUGCUCGCCUCUACUCUGCCCUCAUGCUCGCCUCUACUCUGCCCUCAUGCUCGCCUCUACUCUUCCCUCAUGCUCGUCUCUACUCUGCCCUCAUGCUCGCCUCUACUCUGCCCUCAUGCUCGCCUCUACUCUGCCCUCAUGCUCGCCUCUACUCUGCCCUCAUGCUCGCCUCUACUCUGCCCUCAUGCUCGCCU